CAUGGAAUAUCCCCUAAAUUUAACUCCGUAUUAGUCUUAUUCACAUGUAUAUAAGUUGGGCAAUCUGCAACUUUGAGUGACUUACCUCUUCAUCUCUCAACAUUAAACGCACUCGCUCACUUAUCAACAAUCGUUCUUUGUUGCCAAUCAUUCGUUUUUAAAGGCAAUCCAUACACUCAAACACUCUUCAAAAUGCAAUUUACCAUUGCCGGACUCUUGGCCAUUGCCAGCUUGGCUAGUGCUCAAUAUGCCGGAAUUGCAACUUGCGCUCAAUCUUGUAUCGCUGACGCAGUAAAAAAGUCCACCACUUGUGGAGCCGCUGAUACUGCUUGCCAAUGCAUACCUGACAACCUCUCGAAGAUUCAAAAUGCUGCUACAACCUGCGUUAUCGACGCCUGUGGUAUCACAGUUGCUCUGAGUAAGUGUUAUAAUUGACCCUUGAAAUUGAGCCCGCUGACCUUUUUUAGCCGUUCAAUCUGCUGCUGCCUCUGCAUGUGCUUCUCUUCCUGCCUCGUCAGCCAGUGCACAAACUUCCGCUAGCUCUGUUCCAUCCUCUUCCUCUGUCGCUCCCAGCAGUUCUGCAUCAGUUCUUUCAUCAUCCAGCGCUGUUGCUUCCUAUUCAUCUGCCGCCAAGUCUUCGCCUGUAGUAUCUUCCGCUGCCUCGACUCCAGUAUCUUCAGUUGCCUCGACUCCAGUAUCUUCCGUUGCCUCUACUCCAGCAACAUCCGUUGUCCUCACCCUCACUCCGAUUACUUCUGGCGUAGCUGCCCCAACUGGUAGCACUGGCUCCAAUGCUACCGCACCUUCCACGCCGACCUCCUCUAUCACUCCCUAUACCGGUGCUGGAGCUCAAGUCAGAGCUGGUCUAGGAAGUGCUCUUGUCCUCGGUCUUGCCGCAGUCUUUGCCUUCUAGGUACCGAACAAAUGUCAAGCAUGAUAAGGAUAUGAAGGGUUAUAAUAAUGAUGGAAUGUUAAGGUUGGAAAUGGAAAUGGAAAUGGAAAUGGAAAUGGAAAUGAGAAUAAUGAGAAUGGCGGCUUGGUGUUCAAAAUUAAUUCUUCACACUUAAUACUGUAAUGGUUUUUUUUUCAUAUUACCCUCAUUAUGAAAGUAAUUGCAUUCGAGAAAAA